GUUGUCACAGAGUGAAUGUACCCAUGUCACCAGCCCCCAGAUGAAGAAAGAGGACGUAAAAUGUCUGCUCCAGGAUCCUACCAGGCGUCCGCUGGGCCUUCCUCGGUGCCAACAGCGCCCCCGUCGUAUGAAGAGACAGUGGGCGUUCACAGCUACUUCCCCACGCCCCCGGCCCCGGUGCCUGGGCCCACCACGGGGCUGGUGACGGGCCCGGAUGGGAAGGGCAUGAAUCCGCCUGCCUACUACACUCAGCCAGUGCCGGUCCCUAACGCCAACGCAAUUGCCGUGCAGACUGUCUACGUCCAGCAGCCCGUCUCGUUUUUCGACCGCCCCGUCCAGAUGUGUUGUCCUUCCUGCAACAAGAUGAUCGUGACGCAGCUGUCCUAUACCGCCGGUGCCCUCACCUGGCUCUCCUGCGGGAGCCUGUGCCUGCUGGGGUGCAUAGCGGGCUGCUGCUUCAUCCCCUUUUGCGUGGACGCCCUGCAGGACGUGGAUCACUACUGUCCCAACUGCAAAGCUCUCCUGGGCACCUACAAGCGUUUGUAAGACUCGGCCAGACCCGGAGGGAGCCGUGUGCUGCGGAACGUCCUUCCCGACUCUCACCCAGCCCCGGCCCUGGCGGGGGGGUCCACCUUGGUGGUCUCAUCUCCCGCCAGGCUCCACCUUCGUGUCUUCUUUUGGGGGGAAAAUACUGCAAGAGUAACACCCCUCCGAACCCCAGAAAUUGCUGCUUGGAGCCAUCCACAGGCCAUGCAAAGACGUUCACCUCGAGGGCUGGUUCAGGGGU